CUGCGACUCACCAAUUCUCGAGUGCCUUCUCCACACUUCUCUCAUCUCCAUCUCAUCAACAACUCCCCUCCAGUCCUCGCUCCUACACCCUUUCUUGCCCAAAACGCUAGCAGUAUGACAUCCGGCGCUGUCGUCGUCAUCGGCUCGCUUGAGCGCGCCGACGACUACCAGCGAGUCCUCACCGAGCUCAAGAGCUCCGGUGCUAAUGUCACUGGCGAGAUGCUCGACCGCAUUCUGGACAACGCCACGACGCUCCCCCCACCCCCGCUGAGCCUGCACAUCGUCGUGCCGCUCCCCCUCUCGCCCGCACUUUUGACUGCCGUCCCUGCGUCAUCAACCGUCCACGUCCACCUUCCCCCUGGGCCGCCCGAGGUUGCAACGGCACUGCAAGCAACUCUUUCGCAGCGGGGCUUCAUCUCCAACCCCACAUCCUCCUCUGCGUCAGUGCUGGCCUUCAGCGCGCCGCAGGCUUCCUCCUCUGCCCUCCCCAUCUCGCGCCCUCUGGCGCUCAAGCGACGCAGUGAUAAGGCCUCCAAGGCUGCCCUUUGGGCUCUCGAGUCGGCGCCGAUGGCCGACGGCGGCGUUUCCCUCCUCACACCCGAGGACCGUGCCCGUCCCGAGUGCAUCUUCCCUGCGGCGGACGGCAAGAAGGUCAAGCGCCGCCGCGCGUGCAAGGACUGCACGUGCGGCCUCGCCGAGCUUGAGAAGGAGGAGGACGACCGCGCAGCCGCCGCCGUUAAAGAGGCACAGGCAUUCUUCCUCGAGGGCGAUGACGACAUCCCAGCCCAUGUGCGCAGCGCCACUGCCGGCGUCGAAGGCGUAUGGCCCGUCGAUCGCCGCGCAGAGGCCAAGAAGACGAGCUCGUGCAACUCUUGCUACCUUGGCGACGCAUUCCGCUGUGCAAGCUGCCCAUACCUCGGCCUGCCGCCCUUCAAGCCGGGUGAGAAGGUGCAGCUGAGCAUUGGAGAUGAUCUCUGACCUGUUUCUUUGUUGUAGCCGCCGGGCACUCCAUGGCUUUGGCGUGUAGUGUACCAUUAAAAAGCGUAAGCGCGCACCGCACAUUGAUCGAGCAUGCACAGGAUGUUGGGCG